AUGUUUGACUCAGGAAGUCAACGGUCAUUCGUAACGGGCAAGGUAGCUCAGAAGGCAGGAGUGCCAGUAAAGAGGAAGGAAUGGGUAGAAAUCAGAACGUUCGGACAGGAGAAAGUUGAAGGGAAGUUGAGAGAAGUGUUUGAAUUGAGUGUAGCCCCAGUACAGGGGGGAGAGAGUGUUAGCAUUGAAGUUUAUGGAGUAGACAGCAUUUCACAGAUUAGGAAUGAGCAUGUAGAGACAAGGAAGAAAGAUUACCCACAUUUGCAAGCGUUAUGGUUUUCCGAUGUUUGUAUGACCAAGAAUGUGUUAGAAAUAGAGUUACUAAUUGGCGCAGAUUAUUUGUGGUUAUUUCAAGAAGGGCGUACGGUUAGGGGCAAGAGUGAUGAACCUGUUGCGGUGCAAACCAAAUUAGGAUGGGUGUUGUCAGGUCCACUGAAGAGUAGCUCUGAAGAUGAUGAUGGUCCUACAUCGUGUGCACAGGUAAGUGUAAACCUUAUUGGGCAUGUAACUUCAUCUAAGAAUAGGUCCCUUGAAGCAUGUGUUGAAAAAUUAUGGGAUUAUGAAACGUUAGGUAUAAAGCAUGAAGAGGAAGCUAGUGAGUUAUUAAAUGAUUCAAUACAUUUCAAUGGCCAACGAUAUAGUGUAAGUUUACCUUGGAAGGAAGGGCAUAGUUUAUUGCCAACUAAUUAUAGCUGUAGUGUGCAGAGAUUAAAGGGACAGCUUUUAAGAUUAAAGAGGGAUCCAGAAGUUUUACAAGAGUAUGAUAGAGUAAUUAAAGAACAGUUAGAGCUGGGUAUUAUAGAACCAGUUGUAGAGUUAGAGAGAGCUGAUAAGAUCCAUUAUCUACCACAUCAUGCUGUGGUUCGUAAAGAUGCAAAGACCACUAAGGUCAGGGUUGUGUAUGAUGCAUCGAGUAAAGAGACUAAGAAGGGUGUAUCUUUAAAUGACUGCUUGCAUGUUGGGCCACCUCUAUCCCCGUUGUUGUAUCACAUUAUAUUGCGUUUUAGAGAAAAGCGAAUCGCGCUUGUAGCAGAUAUAGAGAAGGCUUUUUUAAAUAUUGAAAUUGAUCCGUGUGACAGAGAUUGUUUGAGGUUUCUUUGGGUGGGUAACAUACAUGAAGAUGAGGUGAAGCCAGUAGAGUAUAGAUUUUGUAGAGUUGUUUUUGGUGUGAACUGUUCACCAUUUUUGCUGAAUGCCACACUUCAACACCAUCUUGACCGCUUUUCGAAGGGUAAUCCUGAAUUGACUCGAAAGUUGAAGGACGGCUUUUAUGUUGAUGAUCUGGUAACUGGAGAACAAACCCCUGAGCAUGCAUUAUCAUUAUAUGAGGCUUCUAGUAACAAUUUAGCUUCUGGGGGUUUCAAGCUAAGGAAAUGGCUCAGUAAUAGUAAACUUGUAUUAGAGAAAAUCCAAUCAAAGGAAGAAAUCAAGCCUGAUAGAGGAAACUUGGCAUGUGAAGAAACAUUUGCUAAGUCAUCCCUUUGCAUGACAGGCAAAAAUGACACAUCAGAGAAAGUCCUUGGGUUAGCUUGGAAUUGUACAACUGAUGAGUUUCAGUUUUUGUUUCAGGGUGUAGUUGAGAAAGCAAAAUCGCAACCUGUAACCAAACGCAAUAUUCUUAGAAUAUUAGCUGGGUUGUUUGAUCCAUUGGGAAUUCUUAGCGCAAUGGUAGUAAGUAUUAAGAUGUUGUUUCAAGCAAUGUGUUUGGACAAAGUCGAUUGGGAUUCUGAACUAAAAGGAAAAUAUUUGAAGCAAUGGUUAGGUUGGGUUCAUGAUCUUGAAUUUGUAGGUCAAAUUAUGAUACCAAGGCGUGUGUAUGGAAAUCUAAUUGGAAAACCCAAAUGUUCAUUACAUGAGUUUGGUGAUGUUAGUUUGAAAGCAGUUGUGUAUUAUGUCUGUGAAUUAAGUUCAGACGAGAAUAGUUACAAAAUUGAAGAGAAUGAUGCGACAAAGGUUAAGCGUAGGUUUAGGCAUCUAGCGAAACUGCGAGUUCACUUUUGGGAGAGAUGGAGAAAAGAAUACUUGACGAAUUUGAGAGAGCAUCAUAGAAGUGAAGAAGGGAGAUGUAGUUUUAGUAUUUGACGAGAACCUUAAGAGAGGAUUUUGGAAGUUAGGUAGGAUUGAGAGUUUAAUUGUCGGUAAAGAUGAAGUGGUUCGAGGAGCGAAAGUGAGAGUGAUGACCAAAGGAAAUGCAGUAUAUCUAAUAGACCAGUUCAGAAAUUGUAUCCUGUAGAGUUAAAUGAGAACGAAAGCAGUACGGAAGAAAGAAAGGAUAAUAAAGUUGAAAAUGAAGUGGAUGGGUAUGAUAACCAGAAAGGAAAGACGAAAAUUAAUGAGAAAGGAAAGACGGAAAUGAAUGAGAAAGACGGAGAGAAGGGUAAGGUGGAAAGCUGUGUCCAUAGUAACAGACCUAGGAGAGCAGCAGCUUUGGAUGCACAUUGGAGAACACAAGUCAUGUUUGACCCUUACAGGCUCAAAGGGGGGAGUGUGUAGAAUAAUUUGUAACAUUAUACUAUUGAUAACGCCGUAGGAGACCAAACAAUGGGUGAUUUAGUUGAUUGACGUAAGAAAUAUGUAUUGUAUGUCAAGAAUAGAGACUUCGAAUUGAUUGUCAGACUGAAAGCACGAGAGAAAACCAGAAGGAUUGUUUGUUAUAUAUUUUAUCGUUUGAGUCGUUUUUAAAUAAAUAUGUUUUAAAGUACGCGUGUGUGUUCUAUUUUCGAUGGUAUUGUUCUGAUAGUAUACAGUCCCCACGAAGCGCAACUGUCUUGCGGUGUAAGACAGAAAAGUGCAACAUACGUUCGAUUUCAUCGGACAAAUAUUUGGGAAGACUACUGUGAAGAAAUUGACAGGCGCAUUCGAGAACGGUUUUAGUGCAAUAAAAGUGAAAGCAUACAAGGUUAAAAUUUACAAGACAUCGAAAGUGUACAAGAUAAGUUGA